UUCACCACGCGGUGCUUUAUCACGGUUGGGUAACAGGAUGGCUGGCGUUAACCUUGUGUUGCUUGGCUUUCUGGCUCUCCUUGCUGCAGCAAGAGCAAGAUCUGUUGAUGCUGCAUUUGAAGACGUCAGAAUGACUAUGUCAGGAGACAGCUGCAAGGACUGCACCCAAAUCAUGGAGCUUGUCAAAGACCUGAUCUCAGACCAGGAUGUACAAACUAAAAUCAAGACGUCGCUGGACAAGCUGUGCAGUAUGCUGCCUGCCCCAGCUUCAAAAAUCUGCCAGAAUCAAGUGGACCAAAAGCUACCCAUAGUCAUCACCUUCAUCACCGGCAUCAUCCAACCUGGACAGGUGUGUACGUUUCUGGGGCUCUGUGACGGCCAGUCCAGCGGCAAAAACUGCGUUCACAUGAUCCGUAAUGUUCGUGAGGCUUUGAUGUCACAGCCUGCAGAGACUGCUGUGGCUGACCUGCUUGGGGGUAUGUGUGGCGCGUUACCCCCGUUUUUUCGGGUCCAGUGUGAGGGGAUAAUCCAGAGGUACAUCAAGAUGCUCUUUGACAUGUUCCUCAGUCCCACCUCCCCAAAUUCCAUCUGCUCUCUCCUCCGUCUGUGUCAGAACCAAGAACUGCCCCUCAUCAGAGUAACUCCUGCUGUGUCUGACUGUGACUCCUGUCUGACUCUGGUGGUUUUGACUCGUCUGCGUCUGGGCUCCAAUGCCACUGAGGACCAAACCACCUCCUUUCUGGACACUGUGUGCCGGCUGCACCCCAGCGCCCUGCCAAAGUGUGAGAGCUUCACCCAACGCCAUGGCAGACAACUCAGAGGAGUUCUGGGUCAAAACGGGGCAGCCCUGCAUGUGUGUGAGAAAGCAGAUUUGUGCGCGCCAGUGAAAAAGAUGCCUGUCACAGCCGGAGACCCGUGCACUCUUGGUGUCAGCUACCGAUGCAAAGAUUUCCAGACUGCUCUGGCGUGUGGGGCUGUGUCUUUCUGCCAGCGGAAUGUAUGGAAGUAGGUUCGUGCCGUGCUCUGAAACUAAUGGCUCUGGACAGCGAUAUUCCGAUGGCACUAGAGUUGCUCUUUGAUCCACUGCUCCUGUCUACAACGAUUUUUCACCAAAAACCUGAAAUCAGCAUAGCAAAGUGACCCAGUGUGUGAACUAUUUUUUUUUUUUCGGAAUCAUUUCCCCCCCUGACAUGUCAGGUCACUCCAACCUCGCGGUGAACUUCUGCGCAGUUUGCUUUUCUAAUCGUAGCCUAUACAAACAUUUCCGAGCCAAAAUAAAUUUACUGUCGUGUAUUUCUUUAGUUACAAACGGCAACAUUCUGUGUGUGAUACAUACAACGCUACACCCAAAUAAUGCGAUUAACUGCAGCACAGUAAAGAGCAAAUGCAACGCAAACGGCUUUAAGACUUGUAAACAUGAUAAACCGUGUGUUUCAGAAAGCGAUGCAUCCUGUCCGCUCGUGCGGACUUUUGACCACGUGCAUACGGCAUCUAAGCUUUCUCUCCGUCACCUCUGCCCUUCCAACUCAUCCACAUUCAGUGGGCUGAUGUGGUGUGAUAGGACAUAGUAUGUGUGCACGUGUGUAUUUUG